AAUGAAACCAAACCCUAAGCAAGAAUAACCAACAUCUCAUUCUAUCUCACUCUUUCUCUCUUAUUUUCACACAUUCAACCUUCAAAGGAGCACAUCAGCAACCACAUACAAGGAAAAACACAAGUCAGAAUGAUGGAGAGAUCUGCCCUUCUGACACUCUGCUGCCUGUUCCUGCUGGCAACAUCCUGCCCAAUCUGUCCAUCACUGAGGUUUGGUCAGAGAGCGGCUGCAAUACUGAUGACCUCCUCCAUUGAUGAUCCAGUACAGCUGCAGGCAGACACUUCCUCUCACACAACAGAUGCUGAGUUUGGUUUUAGGUCUGGAAGACAUGCUGAUGCCAUCUUUACCAACAGCUACAGAAAAGUUCUUGGUCAAAUAUCUGCCAGAAAAUUCCUUCAGACUGUUAUGGGCAAAAGAACUGGACCAGAAACUCAAAACUCCGUAAAACGCCAGCCCAGCAUUUAUGGAGACACUUACAAGCAAGAUAUGUUUGUAAUUCAGAGGGAACAAAGUUACAGAAAGCCACAAACUGUUAAAAAAACCACUGCAAGUUCUCAGUAGUUAUGUACCAAUUAAACAUCUGAAAACUGUGAACAGUCUUUAUACAUAGAUUUGCAGCAUUUCAUAGUGGAUUAUUAAAACUCCAUUCACCCAUCCCACAGUUCCCUGUGCACUGAGUGUGUAUACGCACUGACACCAAGUGUUUGGAAGGUCUACAACAGGAAUAAGGAGUCCCUCAUUGAAAAUACAUCUCGAUUCUGAUUCACAGUCUUAGUGUUUAAUCAAGUUACAGAGUAAUUUAAAAAUGUAUUUGAAGCAGCAGACAAAAAUGCUUUGCAAUGUCACAAUUCAUUCUAGCCCAUGUCAGAAAAAAAAAAUACUUUUUUUUCAAUUCAUGAGCAAGUUUAAAUGAAAAUCAUGCUGUUCACAGAUAUCUCUAAAGCAUUCCCAUGGGAUGUUCUGUAAAGCACGUCUGAGCACACAACUGUAACAUGGGGGUUUAACAAAGGGUUAAUGAAAUGUUACUUACGGUUUAAUCCUGGAAGUUUUGUAUGGUCCACUCUGUACCAUUUUAUUAUGUUUUUUUAUAAUUGUUAGUAAUGUAUAAAAUUAAGUCUCAUUAAUACAUUGCAUAAUAUAUAUUUAGUAUUAUAGGGAAAUCAGCCACACAAAGAGCAGAGGUGUUUUUGUUUUAUUUUCAUAAAAAAAAAAAAAAACUUUUGUGUUUGCCAUCUGUGUUGUGAUGACUGGGAGAAAAAUUCCACAUUCUGUUUACUUGAUGAAAACAAAAACUCCUUGUUCUGAUGUCAUUAUAAAAAAAGAAAUAAAAACAAGGGGGAAAAAAACAAAACUCUAAGACCAUGUUGUAUUAUUUA